AUGCUUCAAGAUGGAGGCGGCGUCAUCCGCAUCUCCCACAACACGGAGGAGGACUCAACCGUCACCAUCCACCUCGACCUCACCAAGUUCGCCUCGCACGGUAAACCCGCUCCGGGCCGCUACCUCUUGCACUUGCAUAUCUGGCGCUGCGCUCCAAAUUUCUCAGCUCGCAAGGACUUAUACGAGCCUCUUUGUGCCGUCGAGGGUGAGUUCGAAACCGAGACCCAGAUGGAAUUGUAUGAGGCCAGCAACAGGGGGUGGAUCCAGUCCUGGGCCGAGAUGGAUGUGUGA